AUGCCUCCAUGUCCACCAGAGCUCAUCCACAUCAUCGCGACCUCUGCCGCCACCUCGGCUCUCAGCGCCCUCUGCCGUGUCUCGCACGCAACCCGCUUCGAAGCCGAGCGUGUUCUCUAUCGUGCUAUCGACUUGACUGAGUGUACGCGACGUGUUCUUCGGGCGUGGUGCAAAGUGAUGAAGCGGCGAGUCCAUCUUCCGUCGCUGGUGGGAAAGCUAUCCAUUCGACUGCUUCGCGACUUGGAGACGGAAGAUGGCGUGAACCUUGCGCGUAUAUUGACAUUGUGCGUCAACCUCAAGGAUCUUUCUAUCCUCCACCCUACGCGCCGCUUCCCCACCGCCGGCAUCGAAUCUCGCCAAAAUAGCAGCUGGGAGAGCGUGUGCUACUGGUCCUGGCUCAUCGCGGCGGCCCCGUUUCGUCUGGAUCGCUUCCACUGCACUGGGUUGCAGCUUGAUUUCCUGAACGAGAAGGCCACCCCCUCGCGACCUGACGUUGAUUUCUGGAAGAAUCAAACGGCGUUGCGUAUCCUGUCGAUCCCCGACCAAUGGCAAUUCCCUAUCGACACGGACACGCUCAGCGAGCAGCCCGCGUAUCUCGCAACAUUGGAGGUUCUGGAAACCACUGCCACGGCAUUCAACCUAGGCUACAUCCUCCCCGCGCUGCGCACUUUGCAUCUCCAUGUCAGCGACUCUCAUUUGGAAGAGGACCUUCUUCACGCGUUUUCCCAUGUGGCUAUCCACGACUUGACCCUCGAGCGUCUCGUGAUCAUUGAUCAUGGCCUAGGCUCUCCCUCGCGCCGGCGGGCGAGCUACAUCCCCCUCGUCGCUGGUCUCAUUCCGACGCUGCGCCACCUCGCCAUCACGCAUGCGCCGUGUGGCACCCCUGGGACGCAUGUCGCAGAGGCGCAGCAGAUGCUGAGGAACCUCCACCAACUCGUCCAUCUUGAGUCCCUCGUCCUCCAAUUCCAACGGCCAGCGGGCCCGCUCACGAUGAUCGUCGCCGACAAUUUCGACAUGUACGCCCUGAAUAAGCCCGCGCAGGCGCGUAAAUUCGGAAACUCCGUCAUGCAGCGGUUGUUGCCUCCGCUCGCGCGGCUCGAGGUUGGUGUGGCCGUGGGGACUCGGACGCCGGUGAGCUAUGUUUUUACGCGAGACUCCGACACGGGCAAGGUGGUUUCACGGACUGUGGACGGGUGGGAGUGGGAUGCUGCGCGCGAGUUUAUGGAGUACUAG